AUGUCGAAGCGAACUUGGUCAGAGACUGACAACGGAACCGCCGGAGCUGAGCAGCAGUUUCCUCCGCAGAUCUCGAGAAAGGUCAAGGCCUGCACGGCUUGCCGGAGACACAAGAUAAAAUGCUUGAUUGACGAGAGUGGCCCGCCAUGUCGACGUUGCGCGGAAAAGAACUUGAGUUGUGUCCUGGGCAAGAGUCUUCAGACCAUCCUGGAUGAGAAGUCUCAGUUCUCUCAGGAUGUGCUACAAGAUCUUGAACAGAUGCAUGGCUUUCUCAAGCAAGUCGCCGGAAAACUUGACCUCGAAUUACCAGCUCUCCGCUCAUCCGCUGGUGCGGAACUCCCUAAAGAGGACUCUCCCGGUCACUCAAUACCCUCCAACAAGGGUCAUCACGUUCCAUCCCGCGAUAACUCGCCCAAGCUAAUGCCGGAAGAUGAGGGCCUCCCUUAUGUGCCCAUCCACUCUCUCUAUGCUCUCACAAAACUACGAGCUCUUCGAUCUCCCGACGAUGUCGACUCACAACACAGCCAAGGCAUAGACGAUUUCAUCACGAGACGCUCCAUCUCUUUGGCUGAUGCAGAAAGACUAUUCAGCUUCUACCGGAAACGCCUAAAUCCAUACAUCUACCUCAUCGGCUGCCCCUACGAGUCAUUACAAGAGCUAAGACAAAAAAGCCAGUUCUUACUUGUAGCCAUUCUCACAGUUGCUUCUCUGCACGACUCAACAGCCGACUCCCUGUAUCCCAUCUGCAGCUCCGAGUUUCGAAGGCUCAUAGAGAUGACAAUCUUUGAGAGACGACUAGACCGUGACUACCUGCGAGCUCUCUGUAUUGGUUCCUACUGGCUGAGUGAUGUAUCGUGGAUGCUUUCUGGGCAUGCGAUCCGUCGAGCUGCUGAAUUUGAUUUUCACAAUAGCUACGACAGAGCCAUCGAGGAUUCAAGUGCCGAAGACGCUGACUGCGCGAGGAUAUGGUACAUUCUCUAUGUCUGCGACCAACAACUAGCAACCUUGUAUGGCCGACCAUCAAUCGUGCAAGAAGAUGCUGCAACACAGAGCGUGAUCAACUUUCUCCACUGUCCAGUCGCGAAUGAAGAGGACCGGCGACUUCUCAGCCAAGUUGCGUCAGUCAGUAUUCUCAGGAGUAUCAGGGAGUUGUUCAGCAUCAACAAGGGCAAGCCAAUACCGAGGAUGCAUCUAAAUCACAUCACCCACUUUCGAAAGCAGCUUGACCAGUGGUUCGACUUUUGGACGAAACAGGUUCAAGAGCAAUGGCCUGGCAUCGGAGGCUUCCCCCGCAAAGGCAUCAUCCUCCACUACAACUUUGUUCAGCUCUACCUCUACUCCCACGUCUUUCGCGGCUUGUCCAAGAACGACCCUGUUCCGCACUACUUUCUCGAUUGUGCCCUCAACGCUAUUUCGACUGCGACAACAAUCAUUGACAAGUUCAUAAACGACCCUGAUGUUGCACUGGGCAUCGUCGGCAUGCCCUCAUACGUCCACUCCAUGACGGCUUUCGCUUCCAUGUUUCUCACCAAAGUCGCAACCAAAUACGACGAUCUGAUUGAGAAAGAAAAAGUGUACGAUCUAAUCACAGGCCUUGUACAACAGUUUCGGUCACAACCAGCAGGAAAAUGGCAUCUAGCCAACCUAAUGAUCAGCGGCCUAGAGAGGAUGGCGCAAACGCUGAAGCCUGUUGUUCCGGGGGAGGCAGGGAUAGGGACAGGUCUUGAAAUGGAUCCGAGCAUGGACACGACAGGUCAGAUGCCCGGCGUGGAUAACCUCUUUUCUGAUUUGGCGGGCGAUUUCUUUUUCAACUAUGACAUGAGCUUUGGUCUUUCUGGCCCAUCAUAA